AGGCUCAGUAUUUAAUUAAAAAAAUUAUAAUUUAAAAUUGAAAAGCGCAACGAGUAACGAGUAUAAAGCGAAAAUUGGGAGCUUUGAUUGUAGUUGAAGUUAAGUAGGAAUAAUCUCAAAUACUUACAUUUCCUGCCUAAGAAAUGGCCUCAAUAGCAAACAACUGUUCACUUGCACUGCGGAAAACUGCUUUUAAAACUCUGCUCAAUUCAAUACGAGGCAUCUCAAGUACAAAAAUUUGUUUGGCCGAAAUGGCCGAUCCUAUGGAUCAUGCCACUGGCAUAGAGAAACGUGAAUUGGAACAAUGGAAGUCUGGUAAUAAGGAUCCUUGGUUGCUCGAUACGGUCUUGAAACGCGGUCCAGGCACCAAGGAGCAGCCAACAAUGAUACCAUCCGCAUUCGAUGGACGUAUUGUGGGCUGUUCCUGUAAGGGCAAUCGCUUUGUCAACUGGAUGUGGCUUGAGAAAGGUGCACCAAAACGUUGUGAGUGUGGCUUCUAUUUCCAAUUGAAGGAAGUUAAGCCGGUUUAAGGCAAUGCAUAAACAACAAAGUACGUCUUUACACACAUAUGAUUGUAUUUAAUUGAAGUAAAAUAAUAAUAAUUAUAAACUAAAACUGUUAA